UUCAUUUGGUUGCCAAUAUUUAAAAAUCAGGAGAGUGCCAUAAAAACUCAGGUUUUAACAAUAGUUUGUUUCGAAAAAGCAGAAGAUUGUCCAAUUCAAGAGCCUAAUUUCCUGCCUUCCUGGGGAGGGCAGCCCAGCCGCUACCCCGGCGGGAGUCAGGAAGCGUUAAUCCACGUCGAGUCCUCUCCCGCGAGCUCCGGUCGCUGGACAGGGGUAUAUCCUCGCAGGUGCGCUGGCCAGAGGGCGAGGCCGUCCUGCCGGCACGGGGGAGCCCCCACAGUAGCUCCUGGGAGAACUGAACCGCGAGAGCAAAGUGCGGAGCGGUAGUUCGCGGCCCCUGGGAACUUGUUGCAAACUACAGGGGCUCCCCGAUGCCUAGGAAAGGCAGGGUGGGCUUCCUGGAAGAGGUGACAGUGCACGGGGCUGUUUCAGAAGGAGGAAAGGUACCAGGCACCAAAGAAGACCCGUUCGGGGAAAGCGCCUUAUGGGAACAACACCCCAGAGGCCCCCUGGUGCCGCCGCUGUCCCUGGUCCUGACAGGACUCAUAGUUUCCCCUAGAGGCGCAGGGCGGCCAGCAUCAGAGGAAGGUCUGUCUGCCAGGAGGCGAGCCUCGCCGCCAAAGCCAGAAGCGCCUCCACGGGGAGGGGCCAGGCUGGCCCAGGCCCCAAGGCGCCAUCUGCCCAACGCAGAGGAGCGUAUCUAACCCAGUGCCUCGCUGUUAUUAGGUGGUGUUUUCUAUGUGGCUGAGAAAUGUCUCCCACGGUUCUCCCUGGCUUCUUUGAUUUUGAGGGUUCUACUUCAUUUCUGAGGAAGCACCUGCUGGGGGCGGGGGUGCAGGACCCGUAGGAGGAGGUGGCGGGGUGGGGGGGCGAAGAGGGGAAUGCGUGGACCCCAGCAGGCGAAGAGGGUUGUAAGUGCCGGACCGGAGCAGGGGAGGAGGGAGGUGCCGGCGCUGGUGCGGGCAGGAAGGGUGCGGGGAGCCGAGUCCGGUGCGAGACAGUGGCGGCCUGGAUCGGCGGUGCCCGGGCGAGGACAGAACGCGGGCGGAUAUUUGGAGAAUGGACGCCAGGGGGUAUAAACCGGAGGGGCGGUAAAUCGGACCUUGGCCUUCGCCCUCCCUCCGGCGGAGGCCCAUCCUCCCCGGGGCCGCCUCAGGGAAGCGAGAGGAGGUCGGGUUUCCGCUCAGCGGUGCCUCGGAGGGGCAGGAAACCGCCUAGUCUCCGGGAACCCCCUCGAAGCCCCGCCCCGCGCACCGCCCUCCGUGCGCUCGGCUCGCGCUCCGGUGCGGCGGGGGGCGCGAGCGGACAUGUCGGGCCCGCGCGCCGGCUUCUACCGGCAGGAGCUUAACAAGACGGUGUGGGAGGUGCCGCAGCGGCUGCAGGGGCUGCGCCCGGUGGGCUCCGGCGCCUACGGCUCCGUCUGCUCGGCCUACGACGCGCGGCUGCGCCAGAAGGUGGCGGUGAAGAAGCUGUCGCGCCCCUUCCAGUCGCUGAUCCACGCUCGGAGGACGUACCGGGAGCUGCGGCUGCUCAAGCACAUGAAGCACGAGAAUGUCAUCGGGCUGCUGGACGUCUUCACUCCCGCCACGUCCAUCGAGGACUUCAGCGAAGUGUACCUGGUGACCACCCUGAUGGGAGCUGACCUGAACAAUAUCGUCAAGUGCCAGGCGCUAAGCGACGAGCACGUGCAGUUCCUCGUGUACCAGCUGCUGCGCGGGCUGAAGUACAUCCACUCGGCGGGGAUCAUCCACCGGGACCUGAAGCCCAGCAACGUGGCAGUGAACGAGGACUGCGAGCUCAGGAUCCUGGACUUUGGGCUGGCGCGCCAGGCUGACGAGGAGAUGACCGGCUAUGUGGCCACGCGCUGGUACCGCGCACCUGAGAUCAUGCUCAACUGGAUGCAUUACAACCAGACAGCAGUGGACAUCUGGUCUGUGGGCUGCAUCAUGGCCGAGCUUCUCCAAGGAAAGGCCCUCUUCCCGGGAAAUGACUACAUCGACCAGCUGAAGCGCAUCAUGGAGGUGGUUGGCACACCCAGCCCUGAGGUUCUGGCAAAGAUAGCCUCAGAGCAUGCCCGGACAUACAUCCAGUCCCUGCCCCCCAUGCCCCAGAAGGACCUCAGGAGCAUCUUCCAUGGAGCCAACCCCCUGGCAGUGGACCUCCUGGGAAGGAUGCUGGUGCUGGAUAGUGACCAGAGGGUCAGUGCAGCUGAGGCCCUGGCCCACGCCUACUUCAGCCAGUACCACGACCCAGAUGAUGAGCCCGAGGCCGAGCCCUAUGAUGAAAGUGUGGAAGCAAAGGACCGCACUGUGGAGGAGUGGCAGGAGCUCACCUACCAGGAAGUCCUCAGCUUUAAGCCCCCAGAGCCACCGCAGCCGCCUGGCAGCCUGGAGAUAGAGCAGUGACGCUGCCACUGCCGGCCAGCCACCCUUGAACUCAAGGAGAGGCCUGCACCUGCCUGUCCCACUUCCUCAGCCUACCACGUUCCCACAGGGGUGCCUCCCAGCACUACUCUGGCUGUCAGCUCUGACUGGGACCCCUAGUCUGCAUGAUGCUCCACGUGGGAGCCUGUGCACACGUAUGAACACUGCAUGUGUGCAAGCUGUGGGUGCAGGAGUCUGGGCAGUGUCCUGGACUUCCUCGGUCCUCCUGCCCCCUCCAGAAACCAGCGUCUCCCUUGGAAUGUCACUGUGGGGGACCUGAAUGCCUAGGGGUCCCCCUGGGGAGUAUGUCUGUCUCCAGGUCUCCUCAGUCCCAGUGGGCUAUCUCUAGGGGUUGGUGCAUUGGGGUCAGGGUUCCCUGGAGACUCAAAGGGAGGGUCUCAGUGGUCAGAGCUGCUCAGCUUGGAAAAUGCUGAGACCCAAAGCUCUCAGAGCUGGGCAGGGCCUUCCCUGGAGGGUGGCAGGUCAGGGACAGCCACCAAGUGUCAAAUCAGAAAAUCUGCUUGGAGCCAUGUGUUCUCCUGUGCUGUGUGGCACAUGUGCCCUGAUAUUUACAUGUCAAGGUGUGUGCAGGCAUGUGUGAACCUGUAGGCGCCUGAGGGCCCGUGGCCAUUACCAGCUGGAGGCCCACGUUGGGGUGGCUAUACUUGCCUCCCCCCAGUUUCUGAUGCCAUGGGGGGGGGGUACUGAGGUCCUGCUGUGCACCCUGUGAGGGGCUCAAGUGAACAAGGGGCAACCAUGCGAGCAAAAGCUGGGGCAUACUCCUUGGGUUUCUGAGGCAUGAGGGCACGGUGCCAGCUGGGAAGCUAGCAAGCAUGGGAGAGGUAGAGUGGAUGCUGAGGGGGCUAGUACACAUGAGGUGGACUUGGACUCAGACCCUGGACCUUGGCCCGGAGCUGAUGAAGAUGCCUCUGCCUGUUCUCAGAGCUGGGGUCCUUGUCCUCCCUCCCAGAAUGGAGCUGACCUAGUAACCUCUGGGACAGGACCCUGCUCCAAAGGCAUUGUGGGUGUUUCCUCCCUCGAGGGACUUCUGUUUUAGAUGGUGCUGUCAGGUGGUGACCUCCUAACUCACAGGACCCAGGGAGGUCUGAAUGUCAAGGGCCUGCACCAGGCUCUCGCAAUAAAGGAAGUUCCCUCUCA